GAGACGAGCCGAGCCGAGCCGACACGAGACGAGCCGGGCACCGGCAACAGAUCUUGGCACGGCAGAGCCCCGCCGCCGCUGUUCGGCACCGGGAGAGCCGCAGGAGGGCCCGGGACCCGCGCCGAGUGCAGUCGCGGGCGGAGGGAGGGAAGGAAGGAGGGAGCAGGGCCCGGUGCGGCGCCGCCCGGGAGCGGUAGCUGCGUCCAACGCCCGCCAACGGGCGGGCAGCGGCGGCCGGAGGCGGGUGCGCCGCUCGGGUUCCCGGGAGCUGCCAUGGCCUCACAGAACGCCGACCCCGCCGCGGUGCCCAGCGUGGCCGCCCGCAAGGCGGCUGAGGCAGGGGCCACGGCGGCCCGCGGCUCGGUGGGGAAGAGGCUGCAGCAGGAGCUGAUGGCGCUCAUGAUGUCUGGUGACAAAGGCAUCUCUGCCUUCCCCGAGUCCGACAACCUCUUCAAGUGGAUCGGGACCAUCGAUGGCGCCGCCGGCACGGCCUACGAGGAGCUGCGGUACAAGCUGUCGCUGGAGUUCCCCAGCGGGUACCCCUACACAGCGCCCACAGUGCGAUUCCUGACGCCCUGCUACCACCCCAACAUUGAUACUCAGGGCAACAUCUGCCUCGACAUCCUCAAGGACAAGUGGUCAGCCCUCUAUGAUGUCCGCACCAUCCUGCUCUCCAUCCAGAGCCUGCUGGCAGAGCCAAACAUCGAGAGCCCCCUGAACACACAUGCUGCUGAGCUCUGGAAGAACCAAGCUGCCUACAAGAAGUACGUGCGGGAGACAUACUCUAAGCAGGCCAAGAGCCAGGAAACCUGACUGAUGCUGCUGCCACUGCUCCCUGUUGUACCCAGGCCUCUGUCUGCUCCCUGUCCAGCUGCUCUCUGCGGCUUUCUGUAUCAUAGGCUGUUCUUAAAUUAAUUUUGCAGUCCCAGCCACGGUUAAUGUAUAAAUAAAUGCACAUUUAUAACUCUU